CUCCUUAUUUUCUAGAGGGCCCCCUUAACAAGCCCAUCUUCUCGACUAACAAGAGGAGUCCUAUCUCUGGUUUGUGCGUGGAUCUGAGGCCAUCACAACCGUCCACUACACGACCACCAAUGGCUUUAGAUUCACGCACAAACUCGCGAUCUGUCCCCUCUACUACACCGAAUAGAUCCGUUUUGGCGCCAAUUCCUAUUCCACCUUUUUCUAUCUUCCCUCUCGAAUUGAAUGUUCUUUUAACAUUUCUAUCUAACUCUCCAUUACAGAUUUUAGAAGUCAAAAGAGGGGGAAAAAUCAAAGAGAUUCAGACUAGAUCAGAUGGCUACGGAGGAAUCAGCGAGCGUGAUGGAUGAUUAUGAGACGUUAAUUUCGACGACCGAUGUUGAGCUCUUGAAAAGAGCGUGGCGUAACGAGAAAGCUGCUCCGGAGAUUCUUCAAUUUGAAUCUUCCUUAGUUCAAAGAAUCAAAGAGCAAAUCGAAUUAGCGGAACAAAAUGUGGAAAUAUCUGAAGCAAAUAAUAUAGAUCCACUCACUGUGUCGCUUUACCAAAUGGACUUGGAUAGGACUCAAUUUUUGCUGAGAUCAUAUCUUCGGGUUCGUCUUCAGAAGAUUGAGAAGUACUUGUUCUAUGUUUUGAAAACUGAUGAGUAUCUAAACCGGCUUUCUAAGCAGGAGCAAAUGUUUGCAAGAAGGUGCACGGAUGAUUUGGGAAGUCAUCUUGAUGAGACUGUUUUGGCGAAGUUGCCUGAUAAUUACCAGUCCAUAUUAAAGCAAUCUAUAACCAGUGAAGAGGAUGAUAUGGUGCCAGUGCCCCGACUGGACACAUUCGUUAUCUGCAAAGCCAAGCAAUAUCUUUCUGGCCUUGACUUUGAGCCUGAGUACAGCAUGGAAAUCACAGAGAUGGAGCGCGACUUACUUACCUUUGUAUGUUACAAGUUCAUAAAGAAGCCUCUAGAGAAUGGGAAGAUAGAUUUGGUCUAAAUAAUCCCAGCUUCUGGGUUAACAAUGCAUUGGUAGAGCAGCGAGCCAGAAGUUAACAAUGCUACUUCGAGUUGCAACUUGGCUUAGUACUUUAGUUGUCAGAGCAGGAGGAUGUGGUAGUUGAUUGCAUGUCUUAUGAUAUUCUCCUGAAUCUGAUGCCAAAUGCCUUGUAUUAUUGAUGAGGUCCAAUGUGUCAUCUCCAUUGAUGGGCUCUAAUGUCUCAUCUCUUGUAUUAUACACACUAAUAUCUGCUAUCUAUGGUUUGAAUUUCCAGAUCAUUCACAGAACA